AUGAUUAUUAUUGAGUAUGACAGUGAUAGUGAUAGUCUUGAAUUAAUAAAUCCAGUUACAAAUUUAUCACUUGAACAUUUUGAUAAAAACAAAUCAUCUCAAGCUGCUGAUGAUCAAGCAAAACAAUUGCAAAAACUUCAGUUAAAUGAUUCCAAUAAAAACGAUAUUAAACAUAAAUCCAAACCAAAUAUAAUAUCAUCUUCACGUUGUCAUCGUUAUCAACCAUAUCAAUAUUCGUAUUUAGUUAUUUUAUUAUAA